CAGGUCAUUCUAUGAUUCUACGAACUUCUUUUCUUUUUAUUGUUUAUUCUUCUGUUUCAUUUGCAAUUUGCUUUAUGCCCCCAUCCUCUGCUCCAUGUGUGGGGUGGUUGCAGGCAGGCACCUUGGGCACAUACCUCUGUGCCCACUGCUCUGGGAGGGUAGGCAGGCACAGGAGACUUAGCUAAAGAUUCUAGGAAGAAUUGUCGUCUCUCCCUUCCAUAAGAUACCUGCUGCACUUCUUCCUACUGGUUUCAUAGGCACUGAGUGGUGAGGAAGAGCCCACUCUGCUGGCAGAGCUGUACUUACCACAUUGCCAGAACCCAGCAGGACUGCGCUGCGGCAGCCCUCGAUGCCAAAGCCAGAGCUACCUCCAGUGCCCUGGGAACUGGGUCAUAUUCUAACUGGAGCUUCCUGACAGAGCAUGGGCCCACACAUGGUCUGAGAGGUUUCUAUUGCUCGGCCUUCCCUCCCACCUACUGGCUCCCUGCAUGGGGAAGGCUUCCUGGCUUUUGUUCAGUCCCUGCCUUAUUAAUGGCACUUACUUGAUUUCAUGUAGGGUUGAGCAAGAGCCCAAUGACAGGAGAAACUGUAUCAGGAGGAGCAGCUGCUGUGCCCUGAGGGGUUUUUCAUCCUCGUGACCAAAAUCUAUAGUCAUAGGUGAAGCAUAUUUAUUCCCAACCAAGCUGGGGAAAUCUCAAAUGAUCCUUUGCAGGCAAAAGAGCUCUGCCAGAAUAAAAGCAGGUAGCGCUGUGUGCCUGGGGAGCUGCAGCUCUUCCCAGCUGAAGGUUGGGAAGGGGUCAUAUCUAUCCUACAGCAGGGAACCCUCAAGGAGAGGAGUCCUCCUCUGGUUUUUGGACAGUGCCAUUGAGUGGACUUCUGGGGUGAGUGGCUUUCUGGAGUGUGUUAGUGACUGUGCUUUCACAAGCUCUAACCAUGUUGCUUGUUCCCAGGACUGCGCUGCUGACUGCAGGUGGGGACUGUCAGGCUGAAGAAAGACUUUAAGGGCUGGGGAUGGCCAAAUUAUACGCAAAGCAAAGUUUCCAGAGGGAGUAAAGUUGGACUGUACUGUAAGGAGAAGAAGCGAUGCAAGGAUAAUUCAGGGUCUGGUGGAAAAAAGGAGAGGAACGACAGAUUUGCUGAGCGCUUGCAUUGCUGCAGUAACAAAUUCAGUGCUAUUGUCUGAGUGCAUGCCUGUAGGUAACACGAGAGAAAUAACAGUAUUUAAACACUGCAUUAAUAUGCAUGGUGCGCUAGUGCCUUGCUACGCUCCACCUGCUGCACUGUUGGGAAGAGCUGGGGCUUAUAAAAGCAGCGCCGGAGCAGAUCAGCAAGGCUAGAGCCCAGCAGGAAGCGCUGCAAGGGAGUGGGUAGCUCCAGACACAGGUACAGGUACAGGUGUGCAUGGCCAACUUUGCUUUAUGUUCGUGCUUUGCAAACUGACGGAGUUAAAGGCAGAUGAAAGUACAUGGCGGGGGUUGCUGCAGGUUUGCACCACUUGUGCCCAGAGACCACAAAGCCUUUGAGAUGGCCUCUGGGAAGGCAGGCACUAGGGACAUCAAAACGGUGCCCUGGGCUGGGAGACAUGAUGCUUGGAGUAGUGGUAGAUGAGGAGUCAGUGGGGUGGGAGGCAGAAAGGCACAAAGAGAUGGUGGAGAAUGGACUGGGGGCAGAACUCUGUUGGGAUCCAGGUGCACUGGUGAGUAUAUCAUGGUUAGCAGGCAUGGUGGGGGUGGGCUGGUACUUGUACUGGGUGAUUAUUGAACUCUUUUCCAACCUUAAUUCUAUGAUUCUGUGGUAGAGGUGGAAGGUUUGUGCUGUGCUUCAGCCUGGAGCUUGUCCUCAGCCUGGGCACAGCUGUGAGAGCAUGGCAGGAGCUGGGGCUGGGAGUGCUACUGGCUUUGGUGAGGAACGUUAGAGUUGGUCUCUGGCUUAGGGCUCUGAAGUUUUUAUCUCUGGGUUUGAAACGAUGAUGGCUGUGGUCUAACUCAGUUAUUUGCUUAUCUUGGGUGAGUAAUUUGAGCACGAACUUAGUGUGUUUGUUACAUUCCUACAUAGGUAAGGAAAUGCAUUGCUCCUGUGUGCCAGUUCAGGACAGGCUUCUGCCAGGGGCCAGAAUGCUGUGAGUGGCUGUGGCUGUCCCCAGCUGGGCUCUGUCCCUGCCAUGUCCCUAUCUGCUCCUCACAUUGUUAUCACCUUUAAAUCAUAAAAUGUUCCAAGUUGGGAGGAUCAUCAAGUCCAACUCCUGACUCCACACAGGACCACCCUCCCUCUGCAGCAUAGGGCUGGGUGGGAAGAGGCACUCAGCAUCACCCGCCUGUAAUUCCAUAGACCAGAAAAUGGCCAAUGCCAGACAAGGGGGAAAAAUAAAGUCUGGGAAGCCACCUCAACAUGCCUUUUUGUCACCCGAAAUACUUGUUUGCCCCUAAACUGUGGAAGACAGAGCUAGCCCCAGGGCAUGUGUGUAGUGCUGUGUCUGUCUUCCUCUCCUGCUCUCAUGACACAAGAAAACACUGAGCAAGGACUUUUCCCAUCAUAUGUUGUGCUGCUCGGCCCAUGGCCUCUCCUGCUGACUGCAUGGAAAGCACAGCCGGCUUCCUGCCCGCUGCUGAUAGCAUCAGCUCUUACUCAUUUUUAAUCAGCUCUGAAAACAGCAGCCAGUUUCAUGUUGGAAAAGAGGCAUCAGCCCCAGUCCUGCAAUCCUUUCCUCAGCAGGUGUGUUGUUUUGAUUACCCGUGGAGUUUCGCACUGGUGCCCUACAGCUUGGUGGAAGCGAUCAGCUGAUGGCCCGGGGAAGAUGGUGCUUACAGUUCCUCACUGUACACGGCUGCUGUUGCUCUGUAUUUGCAUUAAAGCUUCAGCUGUCUGUUGUCUUUUUCAGAGCUGUGGCUUGACAUUAAAAAUAAAUUGAUGUCUGCCAGCAGGGGAGGGAGUAAAACGGUAAAGGAGCCUUGUAAGGCCAGUUGUUGACUUGUACUGGCUUUGCUUUUCAUUUUCAAGUGGAUGUUUUGACAUUAGUUCUUCAUUCCUAAGAGGAAAUAGCGCAUACGGCCUCACUCCUAUAAGGGGUUCAGGAGGCUGAAAUGCUGAUGACAUUCUGUAGAGGGGACACAGCCAGAGUGAUUGGGGUGUUUUUAGCCUCUUGUACUCCUUUUGGGGAGAAUAUGGCAGGAUUUGGUGGUUUCUGCUUGGAAGUAUUAUUUGUUUUCUUGCACGCUCAUUGCUGACAUGUUAGUGCUGUGGGCAGCAGCUGUGAGGUGCUGCACAAAAAUGGGGUUUUAGGAGGUUGUUUUUUUUUCUGGCACCUCGUAGUGUAUUUGGAUUUUUACUUUAGACAUGAUGUUGCCUGCAUCUUUCUUCAGCAGUCUGGUGUCAAAGCAGAGACCCAGAGAUGCUCUGUAUAUAUUGCAUAUAAAAGGUGUAUGGACAUAGCAAUUGGGCAAAGAACCAAUGAAGUCUAAGAGCUGCCACCCCAUACCUUAAUGUGUACAUACAAAAUCGCUUCUUAGUGAUUAAUAUGUUGGUCCCUCACUCGCAGCAUCUUCUUCAGACACUGUUUCUGGGGAGAGAAGGAUAUAUUCUAUAUUCAAUUGUACUGCCCUCACCUUGGGACCAAAGUGCCAGAAUGGUCCCUGCCUCCCAAAUGCGGACAUUUUCACUCAUGGUGGUUACUGGCUCUUCCCACUUAACUUUGAAGUGUAUUUAGUGCUAAUGAAUUAUCAGCAAAUCUUAUCCUCAGCUCACCUGCUGGGAAACAAUGCCUGCAAACAAUAGUAAGUUAUAGGAAGAGUGUUGUGUCAGGGGCUGGCCGGCUCCCAGGGCACAUCUCUCAUCUCUGAUGGGUGGGUGCAGCAAUGGCACCUCUGUGAGUGCUGAUUGUGGGAGCCAAGGCCCCCUCUGUUUUGCAAUAGCUGCGUAAAGGUGGUGAUUGCUCAAACCAGAGCAGGUAGGAUAAAACCUGAGACCAUGUCUACAGGAGCCUCCUAUAUUACUCUACUGUUUGGGAUUUGAGGGGCUUUGCCAAUCACAAAUUCCGCUUUCAAGCAUUGUCAGUAUGAAAAAUGCACAGACGGAGAGCAUUUUGUUAAACCAGUUCCUGACUCUCUCCCCCUCAAGCCAUGUCCUCCUCCAUCAGAAUUGAAUCUGUCGUGAAGGAGAAGAACCGGAUGGGAGAAUGCCCAGUCUGGGAAGAACGGGAGAACGCACUUGUCUACGUCGACAUUAAUGGCCAAAAAGUCUGCCGCUGGAGCGCAGUCAGCCGCGAGGUGCAGUGCGUGUCUGUGGAUGCCCGUGUCAGCUCUGUGGCCCUGCGGCAGCCCCAGGGCUAUGUCAUCACCCUGGGCACCAGGUUUGCCUUUCUGGACUGGGACACCCAGAAGGUCACCACCAUCCUUGAGCUUGAGCAGGAUAAACUCAACAACAGGUUCAAUGACGGCAAAGUGGAUCCAAAGGGGAGGUACUUUGCUGGCACGAUGGCUGAGGAGACGGCACCAGGGGUCCGAGCAAGACGGCAAGGGGCUCUCUAUACUCUUUUCCCUGACCUAUCAGUAAUAAAACAGUUAGACCAAGUGGACAUCUCCAAUGGUCUGGACUGGUCCCUGGACCACAGGACCUUCUUUCACAUUGACAGCCUGGCGUAUGCUGUGCAUGCCUUCAGCUAUGAUGUGCACACUGGAAAGAUCGCCUGCCCCAGAAUGGUGUACCACCUGGAGGAGGAGGAGCGGAUGCCUGAUGGGAUGUGCAUUGAUGUGGAGGGGAAGCUCUGGGUGGCCUGCAUUGAUGGCGGAAGAGUGAUCCGCAUUGAUCCAGAGACAGGAAAAAGAAUCCAAACUGUGAGGCUGCCAACUUCAAGGAUCACCUCCUGCUGCUUUGGAGGAAAGGACUACGCGGAGAUGUAUGUGACGUCUGCCUACGAUGGGCUGGACGAGGCCACCCUCGCCAAGGAGCCUCAAGCAGGAGAGAUCUUCAAGAUAACAGGGCUGGGUGUUAAAGGGAUCCCACAGAAUUAUUUUGCUGCUUAGAAGACACCACUAAGCAACAAAUGAGAAGUGCUUGUCUCUUGUAGUAAUUCUGGGAAGGAGAAGUCCAAUGAACUACAGAAUCCAUCCCUGUGAGGAUUUCUAAACCCGUGAUUGAGAAUGUGCUUGUUUUGAACAGAAGAUAUUCCUCCUUCUGUGGGCCCAAUAUUUUAGAGAGGUAAAGUGUUACAACUUGACAUCUUUUGUGACUUCACAUAAACCUCUUUGAGCUUGAGCUUAGUUUUUUUUGAGCUUUCUGAUGACCGGCUCUGGAGUUUCAUGUCUCUGUGGUUCCCAAAGCAGAUAUGGCUCCUGUUCUGUUUCUUCAUGAGACAAUGAUGGAAGAGAAACAAUAUGGCUGAUUAUAAUACACAUUUUGAGAGUGGUAACUGGAA